CAUUUUGGAAAAAACAUUUUUUUCCCAUGACAGUAUCCCUUUAACCUAAAGUUAAAGAACCUUUAAUAGAUUUCAGCAGUUAAAUUGUGACAUUAAUUUCCCACCCUCCUAUUUGUUCUGUGGCUUUUUUUGUGUAAUCGAGCCCCAACACUCCUGCCCCCCCCCCCGGAUAUUGUGGCCACAACAUUUCCAUAUUCCACUGACUGAUACAGUCACUCGCUCACUCACUCGCUCACUCACACUCAUCUCUCCAGUACAGGGUAACAGUCAGCAGCCAUGGCCAUGGCAACGCAGCAGGUGACUAUUGUCCAAGGGACACAGUGGAAGACUGGCGUCUGCUCUUGUUUUGAUGAUAUGGAAAUCUGCUGUUGUGCUUUCUGGUGUUUCCCAUGUUUCCAGUGCAAGACGGUCAGGGAUUUUGGGGAGUGUCUGUGUCUCCCCCUGUUAGAAUAUCACUUGCCCGGCUGUCAGGUGUCAACUGCCAUGAGAGCGGCUGUGAGAGAGCGGAACGGCAUCCAGGGCUCCAUUUGUAACGACUGUUGCACCCUGUGCUGUUGUUACACUUGUACCUGGUGCCAAAUGGCUCGUGAGAUCAAGCACCGCAGGAACCCCAUGAGUAUGGUCACUGUACAGACUACUACUGUGCAACCCCAACAUUACCCCUACCGCUAAUAACACCCACAGCUACACAUCGGCUGCCCCUGCUGAUAUACAACUGCCCCGCACCUCUCCCUAUUGCUGAAUGUUUCCCCGGCAGCAGCAGUUACUGCCCCUGGAGACCCCCUAGCUGAGCAAUAAAGUGUUUCAUUGGCUCAUUCUA